AUGAUGAAGGCGAAUUUUAAUUGCUGUUCUGUAAACGAUUCUUUUACAUCCUACUUCUUGCAGGACAAUGUGUUUGUGACGGUGGUGUGUUCCGUCCAGUACCAGGUGAUGAAGGACCAUGCAGACGAUGCGUUCUACGAGCUCCAGAAUCCUCGCGAGCAGAUUCAGUCCUACGUCUUUGAUGUGGUGCGAGCCAGUGUUCCCCGCAUAGAGCUGGAUGAAGUGUUUGAACAGAAGAACGAGACUGCCAAGAAUGUGAUGACAGCGUAUGGCUACACCAUUCAGCAAACCCUCAUCGUGGACAUUGAGCCUGAUGCCACCGUGCGCAGAGCCAUGAAUGAAAUCAAUGCUGCUCAGCGCAUGCGCAUGGCAGCACAGGAGAAGGCAGAGGCCGAGAAGAUCCUUCAAGUGAAGCGUGCCGAAGCUGAAGCCGAGGCAAAGUACCUCUCGGGUGUUGGUGUGGCUCGGCAGAGGCAGGCAAUUGUGGACGGGCUGAGAGAGAGCGUCCUCGCAUUCUCACAUGAAGUGGCAGGAACAACACCCAAGGAUGUGUUGGAUAUGGUGCUUGUAACGCAGUACUUUGACACAAUGAAGGAUAUAGGCGCGUCAGCCAAGAGCAACACGGUGUUCAUUCCACAUGCGCCGUCUCAGAUUGCUGACAUUUCUGCCCAGAUUCGGAAUGGGAUGCUGCAAGGAAACAUUAAGCAGGAAUAG